AUGCCUGCUGAUAAGUUUUACAAAAUAUUUGCCAGCCAAAUGCACCUACUUCCUAACGUCUCUUCUGACAAAAUACAAGGGGUUGAGCUACAUGAAGGUGAUUGGGAGACUGCCGGUUCAGUCAAGCAUUGGGAUUAUACCUUGGUGAUGUUGGGCCUUUGGUAUGCUCUUGGCCUCGGAAGGGCGUUCGAUCUGCAAGAUAAGAAACGCUCGGUAAGACCUAGGGCACCGAUGUGGUACCGGCCGAAGGCUCUCCGAUGCUUAAGUAAGUAUGGAUUUACUAAGAUUGAACUACAGAUCAAUAGGCAGUAUACCAAUUUCGAUGUGGGACUGUGGACUCCAAUUGUGGGACUGCCACGUGUCCCUAGGGGUGAAGUUGCCCUAAUCGUGCGAUCGGUAGGAACGGUACCGAAGCUAGGUGUCGAAGGCUUCCAUAGCUCCAGUUUGGCCCACGUGUCCGAUGCUUACUGGCUGUUCAUUUUGCUGGGGAUGGGAUGGAUCUGCAUGUGGGGGCAAGGGUUGGGGAUGGAGGGAUUGGGGGUUAGGUUGAGGAAUUUUAGGGGCCCGGGGGGAGCGGGCAAUUGGCGGAUCCACAUAGGCGCAAGGAGGUGCGGUUGCACCUCCCCCUUACUGGAAAAACCUUUGGUGGUGAAAUGGAUUCUGGACUAUGAGAAGGUGAAGGACGAAAUCCCAGCUCCGCAAUAUUAUCAGGACACUCAUCUUGUCAAUGCAUGA